AUGAGUAAUCCGCAACAAUCCUAUACUAUUUGGUCGCCGCAGGACACGGUGAAAGAUGUUGCAGACUCGCUAGGAAUCUCUAAUGCCAGCGAUGAUGUGUUGAGAUCACUGGCAAUGGACGUGGAAUACCGCAUUCUAGAAAUAGUGGAACAGGCUGUGAAGUUCAAAAGACAUGCGAAAAGAGAGGUUUUGACAACAGAAGAUAUUGCUCGUGCUCUGAGGGUGCUGAAUGUCGAGCCUUUGUACGGAUAUCAAGAUGGCUCCGCAAGAUCGAAAGAUGUGUCUUUCUCGAAGAUUUCAGCACAAGGUGGCCAGUCUUUGUUUUUCCUUAACGAUGAAGAGGUAGAUUUUGACAAACUCAUCAAUGAACCGCUGCCUCAAGUUCCGCGGCUGCCUACUUUUACCACGCACUGGUUGGCCAUAGAAGGAGUACAACCUACCAUUCCCCAAAACCCGAGUCUCAACGACAUUCGUUUAUCGCAGCCACCUAUCGUGCGUGGAGCUAUUGUCACCACAGUCAACGAUACAAGUCUGCAAACGUCAGCUUCUGAAGAAAAAGAGUCUCAGCACAUAUCGUCAAUAAAGCCGGGCCAGGCCAACGAAGUCAAGCCUUUAGUUAAACACGUUCUGUCGAAGGAGCUGAGGAUCUAUUUCGACAAAGUAGUGAGCGCACUUACGACAAAGGAAAACGAUGACAAGGCACAACAUCUAAGAGCCGCGGCCCUAACGUCGCUACGAUCAGAUACAGGUCUUCAUCAGCUAGUUCCCUACUUUAUUCAGUUUAUUGCUGAACAAAUCACCCACAAUCUUUCUGAUUUAGGACUUCUCACAACAAUGCUCGAAAUGAUAUAUUCUCUUCUCAGCAAUGAGCAUGUCUUUUUGGACCCCUAUAUUCAUUCUUUGAUGCCUUCCAUAUUGACACUGCUUUUGGCAAAGAAAUUGGGCGGUUCUCAACCUCCAAGAACUACAAAAGAGCAGACUGAAGACUCAAAAACCGACGGCAUUUCAUCUUUCGAAGAUUUCCUUGACAAGACUAACGCCUUGCGUGAUUUUGCCGCUUCCCUUCUUCACCACGUAUUGAAGAAGUUUCCACAAGUAUACAAGUCUUUGAAGCCGAGAGUGAUGAGAACCCUUUUGAAAACAUUUCUCGAUACAAAUCGGUCUUUUGGAACUUAUUACGGUUGUAUAAAGGGUGUCACCGUUCUUGGACCAGAAUCAGUGAGAUUCUUUUUAGGAAAUUUACAAAGUUGGGCUAGCCUCGUCUUCGAGGAGCAUGCCACUGACAGUGGCAAAGAGGGUGAAACUGUCACUCGAAAAUUUUCGGAUCUUGAAAGCAAUCUUUUGUGCGAGGUUAUCAUCAAUUCGCUGCUCGUGUUGAAGGCCGACCUUCCUAAUGGCAAGCAGUACGAGGGUGAGAUAACAGAAGAAGAUAAAGAGAAAUUGAAGAAGCGCUGUGGGACAACAAUCUCAUCACGUAUAGUUCAACGUCCUGAUGCCAAGGAACUUGUUGCCGCCAUUUUCUUUGGUGAGUAG